AGGGCGCAAUGUCUGCUUGUCCCCGUCAUCCUGAUUACACGAAGAAGACAUGCUCGUUCGUGAUUGGUUCUCCAAAGGCCAUGCUUGCCCGUCAGUGACAUGUUCUCAUUAUAUUCAUGGUGGUACUCGUAUUUUUGUUAUUAACACGACAUAACGCUGAAACACGUAGAGCAACCAACGAGAAGUCCGCUCGAAGCCAAAAUGGACACAGGUAAGUAUUGCAUACUUCAGCAACUCCAGCCGUUUGUUUGAAAUGUAUUUCUCUUUAGGCAACAAAGUGUGGUCCAGUGAAAAUCUGUCGAAGCUUGUGAGUGCGAUGAAGAAGAACAUCUUAGACUCUGACCGAAUGAAAACGUUUUCCCAAGGCGUCAAGUCGCUGGACUGGGGAAAAGUGGCAUUCCCUCCCUUUUCACCUGAAGAUUGCCGAGAUAAAUGGAGAGUUGUAGCGCACAAUAUGCGCAAGUUUCGAACACUCGCAGAGCUUCUUGAUGAAGCUGCAGAUGAACUUUCAAAUACACCCAGACUGGUUCAUUCAAAGCGCCCAAAGAAACCUGGUCAUCCAAGCAUCAUUUUUUACCAUGAGAACAUGUACAAAUAUCAUGAGCAGCACCCAAGGUUGACUCGCAAAAUGCUCUUCAAAUUAAUCACAGACAAAUACAAAACCCUGACAAAAGAAGAAAAAUCCCCAUAUGUGGCAAAGUACCAGCGUGCGUUUGCACAAUACAAGAGGAAGUUAAGGGAUGAGGAGAGGAAGCGAAAAGGACAAAGUUUGGAGGAAUCCACAGGGGACCCCCAGCCUCCAAAGCCCCCCAUAAGCGGUUAUCAAUUAUUCUGCAAGGAGCAGCUGCGGUCCAUGGAGGACGUUACCAAAAAGUCCUACAUGGUUGAGUGCGCCAAACGCUGGCGUGAGUUGACAGACGACAAGAAGAGCAGCUUCAGCACGCGCUGCGAAACGAUGAAGAGAGAUUACGCGCAGAAGAUGACGCACUAUCGUUUGAGUCGUCAAGGCCCUGACAGACACAACGCGGAUACAAGACCCUCAGAUUCUGAAGAUGAAGACAUUGAGGAUAGCAGCAGCGAUGAAGAGGAACAGUAUUUGGAUUACAAUGAGGAGUUUGAUGAUGAGGACGUCGGUGACAUUUGCUUUAAUGUGUUUUAGAUGGACAGAGCUCUCCUUUCAUGUGAAAUGUUAAACUUUGGAUUUUAUUCGGAUGAUGAAUUAAUGAAUGUUUUCAAAAUGCCAGCAGAGACAAUGUUAUUAAUUGCCUCUGUGUGUCUCUACUGUGUUUAUCUGCACUUGGAUGCAUUUAAAUUGUGUGUAAUAAAGUAUUUAAAUACUUUGGAAAAAA